CUGGCCCCGCCUUUUCCUCUUUCUUUCACGCGUCCCUCGUGUUCGGAGAUCUUUCCUUGUCUUUAAACCGGCUGUGAGGCAGAUCCUUGGAAGCACUGCAAAGAUGCCCAGGGAAGACAGGGCCACGUGGAAGUCCAACUACUUCAUGAAAAUCAUCCAACUGCUGGAUGAUUAUCCUCGCUGCUUCAUCGUGGGCGCGGACAACGUGGGGUCGAAGCAGAUGCAGACGAUCCGCAUGUCCCUGCGCGGGAAAGCUGUGGUCCUGAUGGGCAAGAACACCAUGAUGAGGAAGGCCAUCCGCGGGCACCUGGAGAACAACCCCUCCCUCGAGAAGCUCCUCCCUCACAUCAGGGGAAACGUGGGCUUCGUGUUCACCAAAGAGGAUCUGGCCGAGGUCCGGGACAUGCUGCUCGCCAACAAGGUUCCCGCCGCCGCCCGCGCUGGAGGUAUCGCCCCCUGUGACGUGACUGUUCCCGCUCAGAACACUGGGCUGGGGCCUGAGAAGACGUCCUUCUUCCAGGCUCUGGGCAUCACCACCAAGAUCUCCAGAGGAACCAUCGAGAUCCUGAGCGACGUGAGCCUGAUCAAGACGGGGGAUAAGGUCGGCGCCAGCGAGGCCACGCUCCUCAACAUGCUCAACAUCUCCCCCUUCUCCUUCGGUCUGAUCAUCCAACAAGUUUACGACAACGGCAGCGUGUACAGCCCCGAGGUCCUGGACAUCACCGAGGCCUCGCUGCACACCAAGUUCCUCGAGGUCAGACGCUCAAACGCCCACGGAACUCCACACUUUACACAACGGAACUCCACACUUUACACAACGGGACUCCACACUUUACACAACGGGACUCCACACUUUACACAACGGGACUCCACACUUUACACAACGGGACUCCACACUUUACACAACGGAACUCCACACUUUACACAACGGAACUCCACACUUUACACAACGGAACUCCACACUUUACACAACGGAACUCCACACUUUACACAACGGAACUCCACACUUUACACAACGGGACUCCACACUUUACACAACGGGACUCCACACUUUACACAACGGGACUCCACACUUUACACAACGGGACUCCACACUUUACACAACGGGACUUGGAUGUUCCUCAGCACAGACGGAGCUCGAGUCGUUUCAUUCACACGUUUGAGUGAAACUUUAUUCGUCUAAAACUCGGCUUAAAUG